UCCGAAGCUGACGCGGAGCGAUGGCCCACGCGGCACCCGCACGCCUGGUCUGCUUUCCUCGGGGCUACAGCCAGUGAUGUCGUCGUCCGACUCGUGGGCCGGCGGCGCGCGCGCGGCGGGCGACAUCAUCGACCUGGACCGCUUCAUGCGCAGCGCGCGCCCCUCGCACGCCCCGCAUGCCCCGCAGACGCACCACGCGCCGCUGCGGCAGGUACCCAGGAGUGGUCUGGUGGUGGACGGCGGCGGCGCGCGCAAGCCCGGCUCCAGCGGCCAGCUGUCGCGCGACUCGGGGCUCUCCGACGGGAGCUACGCGCGCCGGCGCCGCAGGCCGCGCAGGCGUGCGAGUGGUGAGAGCGCAAGCCGAAGCCGAUCGCGCGCGCCCGCGGCGGCGUCGGCGUCGGCGGCGUCGCUGCGCGCCUUCCGCACGGCGUGCUCGCGCGCACUGCGCGACCAGCAGCACGCCAUCGCGCGCGUGGCGCAGCUGUGCGAGCGGCUGGCGGCGCGCGCGCCCUCCUCGGCUUCCACCAGCAGCCGCAGCACGCGCGACCCACGCAGGAAAGACAAACAUCGGACAGACGAAUGCAAGACCUACAAGAUAAUCAUGACGAAACUGGACGAGUUGAACCGACUGUUCAACGCGCGCGCGCGCAGCCCCGCGCCGCGCCCGCUGCGUCCGGCGCGCCCGGACACCACGUCCGGCUCCGUGUCCGUGUCCGACAAGCUGGUCGCCACGGAGCCGGAGCCGAGGGUCAAGACUGUGGUGCCCCUCACUCAGAUCCCAACAAAACACAUGGAGGCAAAGUGGAAGCCCGAAUCGAGCGCGUCGCGGCUCGUGGAGCGCGCCGUGGGCAGCGAGUCAGUGCGCUCGGGCGCGCUCGGCGAACGCUCGGCCACGCUCGGCGAGCGCUCGGCCACGCUCGGCGAGCGCUCGCGGCGCUGCUCUCGGCUGGCGACGCUUCGAGCAGUCACCAACGCGCCGACGCUCGACAUCGCACCGCACGACGCUCUGCCCAGGAGGACGAGGGAGUCUCCCAACAUCGUCACAGAAAGUGUCGUGAAAUGCGAGUCCAGCAAUGAGGACUCCAGCUCCAGCGUCUGCGAUCCUCACUGUGGCUUUGAUUUAGACAAUCCUGUACAUCUGUAUGCGCAAGCGAAGCGGCUGCAAGCGCUGCACGCGACGACGCACCGGCGCGCACGUAGUUCAGACGCGGACGGACGCGGGGCGGGGGCGGGCCCGCGGCGGUCGCUGUGCGGCGCGUGUCGCGGCUACUGGCGCUCGUUGCGGCACUACCUCGCCGCGCAGAUAUUCUGCUGCCCGAUGGACGCGUGCCCUUGUUGAUAGUUUUUUUAGACGUGCUUUUAAUAAAG